GGAGAGGCUCAGGGGUAGAGCGAUGAGGCCGAACGUCAGUUUGUUCACAGACUUGAUGGUUUCCGGACUCUGAUGCCGAUCCACCAAUACUGUUACAAGACUAUUUUUCAUUCGGAACAUAUCCAAGAGCGACAUAUUAUUAUUGGACUGACUCACUGGACAUUUAAUUCUCCGUGAGAAUUGAUCAUACACGUGGACAACAGAUGUACGUGACAAUGGGGUUGAUUACAGUCCUGUUAUUACACUCGUGUGGAUUUAUUAUAAUGAUUGUUAAUGCCCAGCGGUUCGCUGACUAUCCAAUGCCACCACAGACCACAGUAAUCAGCCGAGUGACGUACAGGGAUCGCCGAAAUAAAGCUGAACCGACGUGCGAGGAGUUGAGAGCGAUGUGGAGAUACAGUAAAAGGCAGAGCAGGGCUGCCGAAACCACCAAUGAUUUGCCCAUGUACCGGGAUCCAUUUUCUUAUAAUAUUUGGGAGACUUACCCCAUCAGAUCGCAAUCGUCCUAUGGUUACAGAGAUACCGAGGAACAGGCUCGCAACAGAGGCGGUGGCCGUGCUCCAGUUUACGGUAGAAUGGUCCACAAAGCUCCGGCCGAAGGUAGACUACGUAAUGGAAUGCCAAAUCGUAUAAAAGCAGCCGAGGAAGUUGCACGUAUGUAUGGAACUGUUAAUCGCCAACCACCGGAUCAGCGGAGACGUCAAUACAAUUUUCGCGUUGGCGGUGGUGCGUCAAUAUCACACGUACCUCAAGCGGGAAGUUUUCAACAUUUGAAGGAACUUAUUCGUACUGAACGUGCACGUGAAUUACAAGACCAAAGAAUUGCCGAAGAAAUAGCAGCGAGAUCAGCAGCUCUCGGUGAACUCAAUAAAAACGACCGACGCAGCAGCGAGUCAGAGUCCCAUAGGCAUUACCCGAACUCAGUACAAUCAUAUCAAGAACCAAAGAACGUCAAUUACAAUUUUCCCGCUGGCAAAUACGCGUCGAGUUUAACGAGUUUGAACGACAGAUUAUUGAGGAAUGACGACUAUGAGAGAGACUCAAUGAUUCGUCAAUAAUCAAGUGGCAGUAAUUUCGAGAGACGUAACGUGAACUGCCCCUUGUUUAAAUGGUAACUACAAUUCUACAAUGGCGAUCUAACGAUUCUUUAAGAGAAGAGGUCAGGUAUUUUUCUCCUCUUUAAUCGCUCAUCUGUUACUCGAGAUAUUCAAAUUCACGAUGAAAAUUGGAAUAUUCCUUGCUCGAGAAAUGAUCACGGAUGUAAGAUUAGGAAUGACUAACAUAUCCGAGGUUUAUGCGUGAAUUAGUGAAAUGAGGAGAUAAAUUAUCUCUUUCCAUUAAUUAAUGUUAAUGAAUUGAUGAGAGGAGAUAUCAAGAUUCCAUGUAAAGUGAUGAAUCCAAUUAAUUUUAUAGAUUCUUCCCGAAUGUUCUUAGAAUUUUUCGGCUCAGGGGGAAAUAUUAAACAGAUUUUAUUCCUGAAAGUCUGUUAAAAAAAAUUCUAUCGAUUUUUUCUCUCAGCUAAUAGGAAAAUAAGCUUGAGGAAAUAAUCGCAAAUCCUCGAUAAACAUUCAAUAAAAUUAAUUCUGUUUGGGAGCAUUCAAAAAAUCCAGACAAUUCACUCCUCUAUUAAACUGAUGCCCUGAGAAUGGAACGAAGAUUUUACAGUUCAAGAAAUCUAGGCAAUUUACGCGUUAAAUAUCUCGAAAAAUGAAGCAACUAUAAAUAUUAAACCCCUUUUUACAGUUAAUAUUGUUCGCUCCAAAAAGUUUGCGUGACAUUUACCUUUGAACCCAGCAGUAUCCAAAGUACUCGCGAAACAAACCACAGAAAAAUAUGAACUUUAACAAAUUCACUCCAACUUCAUCUCAGGCUCCUCGACUGCAACAAUUAUUUCACAAAACAAGUGCAGUUAGAACACGUGACCUUUCUCUCCAUUUCAUUUGCAGCUUCCAUUCACGUAGUGAAAAAAUCAUUAAUUUAGCUCAGACCCAUCGGAGAACUGCUAAUAUCCAACCCCUGCAAUAUUAAUUACCUAAAUACUAUGAGUUUAAUUUCAAAAACAUGUUGCGUGGCUCACUGGGUACCAUUAAUAACGUACCCUUGCGAACUCAUGCUGAAUACAACCCACAUAAUACUCUCGUUGGGAGGUGGAAGAUUGAACGGAGAGAAACGUUUGAUAAAAAUUUGUCUGAAAGUUAAUCAUGAAGCGAAAUUACAAUUCAAUGAAAAACGCUUCGAAGGGUAUGUCGUGCAAUUUUUUCUGAUAAAACAAUGGGAAACAAUAGGAAAUGAAGUUGGUCCUAAUGGAACAUUAAGUGUAGGAAAAACAGCGGAAAAAUGCACUUAUCAUUUUCUGAUGAAUCUAUCAUGAUGAAAUUAACUCAUCUCCUGAUUUCACUUAAUUACAUGCUUUACAUAAGUUAUGAUCGAGAGUUCAUAGACAAUUCUCGUUCAUUGGUCACCAGAGUUCGAUAAUAAAAAACAAAGAGACAAGAUUUGUCGAUAAUCAUGACUUAUCACAUGAAUUAUAGAGCAAUGUACUGUUAAUCAAGCUGAAAAAUUUCUGGUUGAAAUUUUUAUUUUGAAAUAAAUGAGUGAAUGGCGAUAAUAGGAUAAUUUUAACUCUUUGAAGACUUGGAUCUGACAAAAUACUGUGGGAAAUUGAUAUUCAUUGGGGGAUAUUUGUAGAGGACAUUUGGACUGUUCGAUUUACUGAAAUUCGAGGGAAAGUGGUAAAAUCCUGUGAGUCAGACAAAAUAUUUUUUUCUGAUAUCACUCCCAAAAGGCCGUGGAUAUUUUCAUAACAUUAUGUUUUAGGAAUUUUUCUUUCUAAAUACCCUAAUUUUAGACUAUUAAAUGAACUAUUAAAAUUUUUGUCCUAGGACAUGGAAACAUAUAUUAACGUAGCUGUAAUUUCACAUAUCUCUCAGUUCAGCUAAUCUUUUCCAAGAAAUAGUUAAAAAUAUUUUCUGCAGAAAAUUGAACUCAUUUUGAGAAAUAUAGAAAUUGACUACUGUGACCCGGGUGAAAUUUCACCACUUUCACUCGAAAAUACCUAAAAAUAAUCUUAAAAAUUCUCGACCUAAGGGCAUUCGGCUUCAAAACCUGUUAACAGGGUCAGUCUACUACUCUUUCCAAGUUGUAUUCAAUCGUAAAAAAUAUUUCGAUAAUAUCUCAACUAUUUACCCCCUUUACCCACAGACAUAUCGACAAUAUGAAAAAUAAACUGUCGAGUCUAAUAAUCAAAUGACUAACAUAGCUGCAACUCCUAAAAUGCUAGUGAGAGAACAACUAAAAAAGACUAGAAUAAGUGAACAUGACAAUAAUUUUUCCCUCAUUAUACACGUAUCAAUAUUAUACACGAUAAAUAUUUUAAAAAUAUUCAAGAUAUAUAUAAACAUAUAUCAAUAGUACGGUUAUUAAUUCUUAUCAACGUAAUAAUCCUCUCCGUAUAUUUUAUCACGAAAAAAUAUCAAAUAUUUGAAUCGCUUUUCUCGAUUUAACUAUUUCCAUAAAUUAAUUAGUAAGAAUGAUGAUAUAUCAAUGACAAUAAAUAAUGACAAUAAUUGAGAGUAACGUAAUAGGGCUGACAGUUGAAACCGUUCGAGGAGAUUUAUGGCAAUCUCUUCUCUGUGAUGAUUAUAUUAUCAACCAAUUCUCAUUGAUUAAUUAAAUUGGAUAAUUAUUCACGUUAAUUCAUAGCUAUUUCAAUCCUUUGAACACAUGAUUUUCAAUAAUUCCGUGGAAUUUUUAUUAAUCAUCUGGAAUAAUAAUGUGGUUAGCAAGCACUGAAAACGACUACCCGUGGAUUCUGUUUUAUUAUUCUUCAUACAUUUAUCUAUUUGACCAAUGAUUCUAGGCGGAAAUAUCAACAGAUUUUUUUACAGAAAAUUUGAUAAACCACAAGAAAUCUUAUUUACCUUGAAAGAUAUACAGCGCUUCUGUAGGAAUUUGUGGUUUAUAAUCCGAAAAAAAUAUUCAGUUCCCCAGGAAAAAUAUAAAUUUUGAUUUUUUAUAAUUUAGAAUGAUUAGCAAUAUUGAAAUGAUAAUAUACCUAUAUAACACCCAAUAUCAUCGAUAUAUAAAACAAAAAAAAAUCAAAAAUAUUUCUUCUAUAUGCCAUAUCAAAGAAAACUGAAAAUCACGAUAAACUUAUCAAUAAUUCAUAAGAAUGAUUAAUAUAAUGAAUAAUGAAACUGAUGACAAUACUUAUAUCUCAGAAUAUUGCGUAGCUAUAUCCGUAUUUAAAUUAUUCUAUAUAAUUACAAUAUGUCAAUACUAGGGGGACGUUAUUAACGCCCCAGAUAUUCUAAUUGUGUAUAAGACAAUAAAAAAAGAAUUAAUUAAUUAUAAAUAAAAAUAAAUAAUGACGAUGUACGCACGAUUAAUGACAUUACAUAUUCAGCCUAAUUGUCCAUCCAUUUUGCUUAACUAAUCGAUUAAUUAAUUAAUAUUGAAAAAAGCCACUAAAAUCAUACAGAAGUUCGAUUAAACCAAGCAUUCGAUUGGUUAAACAUUCCUAGAUUAAAUUUAAAUACAAAUAAUUGUGAUUUAUCUGUUUAACAAUAAAUACUCAACUCAGUUGUUUGCUAUAUUGCGUGAGUCAAAAAUUCAAUUAAUCGUGCGUGCUAUAAGUGAAAUAAUCAUAAUAAUUUUAGACUAUUGUCUAAUUAUUUUCAUACGUCGUUUCAUUAUUAUGAGACUUCAUAAACACUUCACCAUCGCCAUAAUAAAAGAUUAAUAAUUAAUGAGCAUUAUUAAUGAGAAUAAUUCAAAGGCUUCUAAAUAUAAUUACGACAAUAAUGAGAAAUAGAUGAAGGCCUGCUGCGAAUAGUAUUUUUGGUAAGAAAUGUUGGAAUUCAGGAGAAGUGAUGAAACGUGAUUGAGUCGACCAUAACACGCUCAUUUUUUCCCUCGUUAUCGGAACAAUUAACGAUUAAUCAAAUAACCAUCAGUUUUUUUUUCGUUACGUUUCGUCAUUUCAUCGCUGAGUUGUCUCUGAUAUUAAAAAAUAAAUAUGUCUUUCUUGUUUAUGAUGUAUAAAUUCAUAAUAAUUUGGCAUAUUUCAAUUAAAUUAGUUUAUGGGUAAUUCAGUCAUUAAUUUCGCGAUUCAGGAACUUGUUCGAAAAGUGGUUCUUCCACUUUAUCGGCUUUAAAUCUUGGUUAAAUUUAUGAUGACAUGUUCUAUGAUGUGAUGAUUCAGUUGUGACUGGAGCAAUCGAUAAUUGUCGAUAAUCCGUAGUUUUUAUGAUCCGCUUAAUUAAUUAAUACUAUACAAAUGAUAAAAAUAAGAUGUGUCAGACAAUAACAUGGCUUAAUGUCACUCAGCGGUCGCUAAGCCUGACUGAACAAAAAAAAUGUAAUACUAUUUAAAAAACGAUGAAAAGGAAAUGGUCAAAAACUUAUAUUGCAUAUGAUGAUGUAUAUGUACUGUACGUAUUGUAGAAAAUGUAUUGAAUUUAAUGAAUUAAUUAUUUAAUGCGC